AUGCACCCAUCAACCGCCAAAAAUCUCGUCCUCUUCCAAAUCAUCGGCGUCACCAACACGGCGCUCACUUUUAUUACAAACAUUUUGUUAAUAUUUGUGAUAUUACGAUUUUCCCGACGAUCCCUUGGUUCAUAUCGUUAUUUAAUGAUAUUGUUCGCGGUUUUUGAUAUGCUGUAUUCGGCUAGCCACGCGCUAUCAAAUCCGAUAAUGUUCACCCACCGUCACGCAUUCGUCGUAUUUGCCAGCGGGCCGUACACCGGUCAGCUGGUCUCGCUUGGAUACUGUGCCUUUUUCUUUGCACUUUCGUUAAGUCUGCUGGCCGGUCAUUUUCUGUAUAGAUAUCUGCUGAUUUGCAAAAACGAAUGGAUGUUCCUCUUUGACGACGUUCGCUAUCGCCCGAUUCUCAUUUUGCUGUGGUUGAGUCAGGGUACUGUUUGGGCCCUAUGUGUCAAGCUUGGCAUGUCCGAUUUUGAAGUUACCAAGAAUUACACCCGGGACGCUGUGCUCGACGAGUUCAACGUGGACGUCGACCAGGCCGGCAUGGUGGCGCCAUUGUUUUUUACAGAUGCACCCGAUGGCAGUAAGCGCUUUUUCUGGCCGACCUGGACGAUAUUUUUCUGCUCUUUCCGGAUACACGACAAGUUGAAGAGCUGCACGAUGAGUGAGAAGUCGAGGCGGUUGCAGAUAGAGUUGUUUAAGGCGUUAAUAGUACAGGCCGUAAUCCCCAGCAUCUUCGAGUACACGCCAUGCCUCGUCGCGAUGGGCACGGCAAUGCUCGGAAUUCCACUGGGUCGCUACGCGAAUUGGUGCCCAACCUUGCUCACCUUCUACACCUGGUUGGACCCGAUCUGCAUCAUGCUGUGCGUCAAGGAUUACAGGAGAGCGUUUCGACGGUGCUUCAGAGCCGAUUCGAGGCCCGGCUCGAGGUCUACAGCCGAGAAUAGCUAUGCCUCCCGGAAUCUCAAAACACGAAUCGAGCCCUCGAUCGUUAAGCUCGAACUCUCGGAUGUUCAAGUU